AUGCGGCCCCUCUGGCUCUGCUGGGCGCUCUGGGCGCUGCCCCUGGCCGGCCCCGGGGCGGCCCUGACCGAGGAGCGGGUCCUGGGCAGCCUGCUGCAGCAGCUGCGCCUCAGUGAGGCUCCCGUCCUGGACGAGGCCGAUGUGGAGAGGCUGGUCAUCCCCGCCCACGUGAGGGCCCAGUACGUGGCCCUGCUGCAGCGCAGCCACGGGGCCCGCUCCCGGGGGAAGAGGUUCAGCCAGAACUUCCGAGAGGUGGCCGGCAGGUUCCUGGUGUCCGAGGUCUCCUCGCACCUGCUGGUGUUCGACAUGGAGCAGCGGCUGCCGCCCCACAGCGAGCUGGUGCAGGCCGUGCUGCGCCUCUUCCAGGAGCCGGUCCCCAAGGCCGCACUCCGCAGCCACGAGCGGCUCUUCCCGCGCAGCGACCGCGCCCGGGUCACCGUCCAGUGGCUGCACGUCCGCGACGACGGUUCCAACCGCACCUCCCUCAUCGACUCCAGGCUGGUGUCCGUCCAUGAGAGCGGCUGGAAGGCCUUGGACGUGACGGAUGCCGUGAACUUCUGGCAGCAGCUGCGCCGGCCCCGGCAGCCGCUGCUGCUGCAGGUGUCGGUGCAGCGGGAGCAUCUGGGCCCGCUGGCCUCCAGCGCCCACAGGCUGGUCCGCUUCGCCUCGCAGGGGCCGUCGGGCGCCGGGCAGCGGGAGCCUCAGCUGGAGCUGCACACCCUGGACCUCAGGGAUUACGGAGCUCAGGGAAACUGUGAUCCUAAGGCACCAGUGACCGAGGGCACCCGCUGCUGCCGGCGGGAGGUGUACAUUGACCUGCAGGGGAUGAAGUGGGCUGAGAACUGGGUCCUGGAGCCCCCAGGCUUCCUGGCCUAUGAGUGUGUGGGCACCUGCCAGCAGCCCCCAGAGCCCCUGACCUUCAAGUGGCCAUUUCUGGGGCCGAGACAGUGCAUCGCCUCAGAGACGACCUCGCUGCCCAUGAUUGUCAGCAUCCCGGAGGGAGGCAAGCCCAGGACCCAGGUGGUCAGCUUGCCCAACAUGAGGGUGCAGAAGUGCAGCUGUGCCUCGGAUGGGGCGCCUGUACCAAGGAAGCUGGAGCCGUAGGCACGGGGUGCAGCCAUGGAGGGACUUGGCUUGUGUGUG